CAUAACUAAAACACAUAUCCAUAAACAUAUGAACGCCUGCUCUGUGUGUUAAUGGAUGAGUCAUAUUCAGCUUAAUAUGCAUAAAUAUUAAAAGCGCACAUUUUGGAUGUAGUGGACACAGGACAUUGGAUAUUUACAGUUUUCCUUUGGGACUAUUAGCACAAGUGACAGUAACACACACAGCGAAGAUCUGAGGCCAGAGAAAAAUGGGCAAGCUCAAAAAGUGUGGUGAAGUGGUCAAGGACAACCUUUUAGUGGUGACCACCCUUCUAGGGGUGGCGGUGGGGUUCGCGAUCGGGUUCGGAGUUCGGGAGACAAAACCUUCGGAUGACGACCUUAUGUGGCUAGGGAUACUUGGUGAACUGUACCUGAGGAUGCUGACGAUGAUGAUAGUACCUCUUAUAAUUGCAUCCGUCGUCGCAGGAACAGCCACCAUGGACCCGAAGUCUAACGGGAAAAUAAGUAUGGUGUGUAUCGCCUAUCUCAUCUUUACAAACUUUAUUGGAGCUCUUGUUGGCUGUAUCAUGGCUGUCAUCAUCAGGCCAGGUGUCGGUGUGUCGAAUUCCGGAUCAAACAGGAAGUUAGAUUCUGUCACCAUGGAAACGCAGGAUAUAUUUGCAGAUCUGCUGAGGAAUCUUAUUCCUAACAACCUGAUACAAGCAACAUUUCAACAGACUCAGACGAAGUACAACAUCGAGACUGUCCUUAAGAAUAUGACGAUGAAUGGGACGGUAGUUUCUCGAGAGUUUAAAGAAAUCAGCGGGAAAUAUAUUGGCUCUGCUGGAUCUUCCAACAUCCUCGGUCUUAUUAUAGCUAGUAUGCUGUUCGGUGUGGCGACAGGGGCAGUACGCGAGGCCGGCAUGGCGUUCGGAAAUUUCUUCACUUCCGCUACUGAUGUCAUCAUGCAGAUACUCAAAUGGAUUAUACGGACGACACCCUUCGGCGUGGCAAGUUUAAUUGCUAAAACUAUAGCGAGUACGGACAAUAUACAGGAAGACUUCCGCCGGCUCGGAGUGUACGCCGCCACAGUGAUCGCCUCCCUCCUCAUAUGCAGUGUCAUAUUUGUACCCCUAGCCUAUACCCUCCUCACAAGGAAGCAGCCUUUCCGCUUUAUGUUCAGUGUCAUCAAUGUCCUCAUGAUAGGCUUUGCCACCUCCAGUUCAGCGAUAGCCAUUCCCGAGUCACUGAAAGCUCUCGAAGAUGUCAACAGAGUGGACAGGCGAGUGACCAGAUUUGUAGUUCCCCUUUCCGCCACACUGGGGCGCUGCGGAAGUAGCAUCUACAUUGCAUCCACGUGUAUAUUUCUCAUGCAACUCACUGAGAUCGAAACUGACGCUAGCAAGAUAAUCCUUGUUUGUGUUUUGACCACGUGUUCGUCCCUGGCCAUCCCGUCUGUGACUGGGGCUAGCCUGGUCACUGUCAUCAUAUUACUGACCGCGCUUGGCUUACCAGCGGAGACAGCCACUCUGCUGUUCACGCUCGAGUGGCUUUUGGAUCGUUUGCGCACUCUUACGAAUUUGAUUGUCCAGGCGCUAGGGUCAGUGGGAACUCACAGAGCAUGUCGGUCAAGCCUGCCCUACCAGCCGCGAGCUAGCGUGACCCUAAGCGAGGGAUACCAAGGCCCCAUGUCACGUCAACAAUCUACUCUUUCCGCUUCCGGUCUGCCAAAAGCAGAUGCUGACGAUAUGAAAAUGUGUAACGAUAACAACGGUUAUAACGAACUGACCACAAAGAUCUGAAAUAUUUUGUCUCUUGUCUUUUGGACAAUAGGUGUAUAUAAAUAUUUUGUAUUAGUAUACAUUUUAUUUUGUAUCUUAUCAAAUAUAUAAUUUUAUAAGAAUAUUCUAAUGUCCGUUUACUUUCAGGUUGUGGGACAGUACAUUCAUUAUUAUUUAUGACGUCAUUAACCGAAAGAGAUUUUCUAGCAUGUGUUGAUGAGCAUUGUCCCGUUAUGCCAUAAUAAU